UUUGAUAAAAUAAAAGAUUUCUAUUUUACAGAUCAAGUUUCCUUUUCCUUUUCCCCUUUAGGUUUGUGUUUACGAUUUCUUAUAUACAGAGCUGUCUUAGAAGAGGCACCCAAAAGAAGAGAGCUUGUUCUCGUCAAAGUUUACUUUGUUUCGUUUUCUUUCUACUCUUCUGUUUCAAUUCUACAAAGAGGCUUACUUGAAGUUGAUCGCUGCUUGUGACAUGUCGCUCUACAAGAAUAUUAACGACAUGCCCCAACCUCGGGAUUUGAUGAUCACGAUUGAUCACAAGAGCAACGCUGUAUUAUUACCAAUAUACGGCAGCAUGGUUCCAUUCAACGUGACUACAAUAAGAACAGUCUUAGGCAAUCAAAAUACCAUCCGUAUCAUCUUCAAUGUCCCGGGUACACCCUUAAACCCUAAUGACUCAAACUCUUUGAAAAACCAGGAUGCUAUCUACCUCAAGGAGGUUUUUUUCCGGACCAAGGAUUCAAGGCAUAGCAGCCAAGUAGUUCAGUCGUUUAAGACCCUCAAACGGCAAGUCAUGUCCCGGGAGUCAGAGAGAGCGGAAAGAACGUCAUUGGUGACUCAAGAGAAACUUAAGAUUGCAAGUAACAAGGCCAAACCCUUAAGGUUGUCCAACCUAUGGAUCCGUCCGCCUUUUAGUGGGCGCAAGAAGAUUCCUGGGACACUGGAAGCUCAUGCCAAUGGUUUCAGGUAUUCAACGACCAACGAGCGCGUAGAUGUCCUCUUUGCAAACAUAAAGCAUGCGUUUGUACAACCGGCUGAGAAGGAGAUGACCACUCUCCUUCAUUUUCAUUUGCACAAUCACAUCAUGGUAGGAACCAAGAAAACAAAGGACGUCCAGUUUUACGUGCAGGUAAUGGAUGUUGUGCAGUCUUUAGGUGGUGGGAGGAGAUCAUCAUCCUAUGAUCCAGAUGAGAUAGAUGAAGAACAGCGAGAGCGCGAUAGGAAAAACCGGGUCAACGAUAUGUGGCAACUACCCCAGUUUGCAAGUCUUAACCUAGAGUUUGAUCAACCUCUGAGAGAGCUUGGCUUCCAUGGUGUUCCGUAUAAGACAUCUGUAUUCAUUAUACCAACCUCGAGCUGCUUAGUUGAGCUGAUAGAAAACCCGUUCUUAGUGGUAAGUCUGAGUGAGAUUGAGAUAGUGAAUCUUGAGAGAGUUGGGUUUGGGCAGAAGAACUUUGACAUGGCCAUCAUCUUCAAGGACUUCAAAAAAGAUGUUCUCAGAGUUGACUCAGUUCCCACAAGUUCACUAGAGGGGAUAAAGGAGUGGCUUGACACUAUAGAUAUAAAGUACUACGAGAGCAAACUGAAUCUGAACUGGAGACAGAUCCUGAAGACGAUCACGGAUGAUCCGCAGAGCUUUAUAGAUGAUGGAGGAUGGGAGUUUUUGAAUCUGGACGGAAGCGACUCAGAAUCUGGAGGCUCUGAGGAGUCAGACAAAGGAUAUGAACCGUCAGAUGUAGAGGUUGAGUCUGAGUCAGAGGAUGAGGCUUCAGAGAGUGGGUCAAUGGUUGAGUCAGAGGAUGAAGAAGAAGAGGACUCAGAGAAAGAGUCAGAAGAAGAGAAAGGUAAGACUUGGGAUGAGCUGGAGAGAGAAGCUACUAAUGCAGAUAGAGAGCAUGGAGUUGAGUUUGAUAGUGAGGAAGAGAGGAAGAGAAGGAAGAUGAAAGCGUUUGGGAAAUCGCGACCUGGAAGUAGCGGUGGAGGCGGUAGUAGUAGCAUGAAGAACAUGCCACCAUCUAAAAGGUGAAAAAAAACCCACACUUUUAUUUUCUCAGUUUUUAUAAUUAGUUUCUUUUUUUUUUGUUUAUUGGCAAACAAAAACUAUCUUUUUGUUAUGGUUUUAAAUUUUAAUCAGUCUUUUGUAAUGUGCACCGAACGAAGCCAAGUAUGUCAUACGUUACUUAAAUGCAUGAGAGAGUGAGAGAAACGUAGCCAAUUAAAUAUAUCCACUUCAUCACUGGCUCAAUUAGAAAUUAAAGAAACCUUUGGCUAUUUCGAAUCAUUAUCGUCAACCCCUCUAAAUCAAAUUGGGGUUUCGUUUAAGGUUCUUGGGUUUUAGGAAUUCUGAGAAAUCUUGGAUUAUCAUGGAUGAUGAGGACUUGCUUGAUUGGGAUCCGGUGAAUAUUUCCAGUUUGGUCUGUUUCUUUGGCUGCUACUGUGAUGGGUUUGGUUCUCUUGGGACGGUGGAGACUAUGAUACGAAAAUGAAAGCUCAAAGGUUCAAUCUUAAAGUUACAAUUGACGAUAAGAAGGUGUCACGGGUGAUGAAUCAGGCAGCUAGACUUAAUGAAUUAAUGUUCAUAGAGGUAAGAAGGGUCCUUGUGAUCCGCCCGUCUCUGCCAUCUCCUUGAGCCUUAGAUGAGAAGCCGAUUAUACAAUGUAUCAUCUUAUGUACCAACUAACAGAGAUACAUGUGUUUGCGUUGAUCCUAUGCAUAUUGUAAAUGAUAAGUGUCACCCUCACAGGCAAGAUAGAGAUUUAUAUAAAAGACAAUUUCAGCCA